AUGGUCAUCAGCAUUGUUUUGUUUCUUGUGUUCAAUUUUACUUUCUUGACCAACAGCGCCUUUGAUCAUAUCUUCGAGACCAUUGCUGUCAGUGAUCGUACAAAAUACCUGGUGCAAGCCUCUUAUCUUGAGAUCUAUAACGAGGAGAUACGCGACCUCUUGGCCAAGGAUACUAAAGCAAAGCUGGAGCUGAAAGAACAUCCUGAGUUUGGCGUUUAUGUAGCCGGCCUAACCAAGCACAAGAUGAACAAUGUUAGAGAAUGCAAGGUGAAUAGUUAG